AGCACCAGCACCAGCACCAGCACCAACUUCAGCAUCAACAACAAGAUGGGGCGGAACGCAAGGAAGGAAAUGAGGCGUACCGGAAGGCACUCAAGAGUUUUGUUGAUUCGCUCAAAGUCGCCGAUCCGAUCAAGACUCCUCACAAAUUUGCUCCGCAGCCUCUCCCGAUCCUGUGGAACGAACCCAAGAUCCGAUCGAGGGCAUUACCGUCGUUUAAUCUGUCGGACUACAAAGAACAGGUCAAGGCGAUAUUGCCGACGUUGCCUGCAAAGACUCUGCCGAGCGGUGGAAAUGGUAGUGGUGGGGUGAAUCGGUUCCAGAAUACGCGCGAUUCAUUGUUGUCGUCGUUGUCGUCCUCGCCUACGAAUACUCAUUCGAAUCCGAAUUCUGCACAUUCCUCUCCACUCUCUUCGAUCGCGGCUUCACCUCCAACAGCGGAUUUCAAGUCGAGCAAAGUCAUGUUGACAACGAAAACACCGGUUGCGGCGAUACAGAAGCAGGAGACGGACGAGCGCCCGAGGCGGCAGUCAACUAUCCAGAACCCGCACCUGGCAUUCGAUCCGACCAUCCCUGCAGUCGAGAGAGCAGCGCUAGAAGGGAACAGAUCGGCCAAGAGUACGCUUGAGCGUCGAUCGAACCUUCAGCAACAGUUGGCUAAAGUGAAUGCCCAGGCAGAUGAUCAUGAGGUGAACGAUAAUGGUGAUGUGGAUGAUGAUGCGCUGAAGGAAGCUGUUCGGCGGAUGACUAUGAUUGACCGUCAAGGGUCCUCAAAGGGACCUGCUGUACGUAAGCGACUCUCGCUGCAUCAAGAUUUGUUCAAUCCAGAGCAGGCGCCGAACCCCGAUGACAGGAACGAAAAUGUCCAGCCAAAACCACAGCAACAGCAACAGCAGCAACGACAGGAGGCAGAUCAGCAGGACGACGAACCACCUCGACCACAACAGAACGAUGAUCCAAUGGGCCGUCGUGCAUCCACCCGACCUCUUUCGGCCAAUAUCCUCCCAGAAUCCCUUACCAGCGUGAACAACCAUGCGAUGCACCAGGAAUCUGCCCGGAUCGAAAGAGCAAGACGGCUCUCAGAGGAGGAAGACGGUACCUCUACAGCAGCAGGAAGAGCAUCUUUGAAACUCCCUGAGACGCAAUCUCUGGGACGUGCGACCGGAACCCGGUACGGCCGUUCUGGAAGCAGCAGCUCUACGGCUUCAGGAACGAUGCAGAGCCCGACGACGCCCACGACUACGAAUCCGUAUGGAACCCUGAGUGGACGGACACCACGUCAGCAGGGAAGUUCGCAGAGACACAGUCUGACGGGGUUGAGUAGCGUGCUGUACACGAAGCCUUCGUUGCCGACGGAGGAUCCACAGCAGCCCCUUGAGAGUCAAUCGCCUGUGCAGCUGCCGGCGUUGUCAAAGUUGCAGCAAUCACCUACGACGACGACAGCGACGUUAUCGAGGAGCGAGUCGCGAGCGUCGCCAUCUUUGAGACGGCCAGGAUAUGGAUCGCAGGAGAUGGAGUUCCAGAAACAACCGGCAGCAGUUACUAAUUCACCUUCGCCUGUGGAUCGUGAUGAUGAGGAGUUCUAUCGUACUCCGGAGAGGGAGGAGCAUCAAUAUCAGCAACAGACACCUCGUGCCUCUGCGGUGUAUACUCGUCAGCAGGCUGCAGUAGAUCGUGAUCGGGAGACACCAGAGUGGAAUGAUGAUGAGGACAGGCCGCAGCCACUGCGAUACCAACCUCAGCAGCAGCAGCAGCAGCCAAGGACGUUGAGAGAGCCAGGAUUGGUUCGUAAGUCGUCAUCUUCCGAGCUGCAAAAGGAACAGCACAACCUGCAGAGACUCCGGAUCCAGCAGCAGGCGCGCGAAGAGGUGUAUGGUCGGGGGUAUGGAAACGGGUAUGCGGAUGAAGUCGAAUUUGCGGAUGAGUAUCAAGGCCGGUUUGGUAGUGGUGGCGGUGGUAGUGCUGGUAGUAGGCAACGAAACUCGCAGAUCUCGCCAACGAGGGAUUUCUUUACGCCGAACACGACGCCUACGAACGCGACGGUCGCAAGACCAGGUUCGGGACACUUUAGGGCAUCGCCACCGAUAUCUGCACCUGUGCCUAUGCCUCUGCCUAUGUCCAUGGUCAUGCCGGUGUCUGCGGGCUCGGCGACGCCAUCGCGUUACUCGGAUCAUUAUCGAAGACAGAGUAAGGAUGGACAUAGUUUGAUGCCUCCACCAAAGAUCUCGCCGCCCCUAACAGCGACGACAACGACGACAGGCAGGAUAGUCGCUACGCCUGCAGGAACGUUCAAUGCUGGACCGGCGCGGAGAUCGUUCUCGGCGAUUCCGGGAUCGAAUGGAUCGCGUCGUCUGUCAACCAGCGCUAAUGUUGGUAUCCCUUCGUCCUCAUCCUCGGUUGGAUAUGGAUCUGCGUUACCGUCGGCGAUUGGGGCAGGAUAUGGUGCAGGCGGAGUCAACGGAUCGAUGCAUGGACGCUCUGCGUCUUCGGGAUCAGCGGUCGGAGGCUAUGUGGGCGGCCAGCAUCAGCGGAUGAGUAUGUACUCGACCAAUUCCGUCACUACGGGUAUUCCAGCGACUGCAGGAAUGACAGCAUCGGAACGACGGGCGAUGUCGAUCUCGGACGGCAGCAUGUCCGGGAUCGUUCCCGCAUCGCCCAGACGGUCGUUGACAACGAUGGGCGGCGGCAUUGGUGGUAAUAGUAUUUACAAUAAGCGCGGAUCUGGAUCCAGUAUAUCUGGAUCUUUCGCACCACCACCGUCAUCGGGGGGUCUUUCCCGCGGCUCUGCAUCCUCCUCCUCAUCCUCCUCGCCCGAAUACGCACGUGUGUUCGCACCCCCACGCGGCGGAGUGAAUGCGGUAGGGGCCAGCAAUAAUAGCAGCAGCAGCAACGGCGGGCAUCUCGGCUACGGCGGUCCCGGAAUCAGGACAUCACAACAACAACAGCACCUUCAGGAUCAUGAUGCCUACAAUUCAUAUGGCUACAACACAAGGUCGGACGCGUCAAUACGUCAGUCUUUGCUGGUCCCUGGGGGUAUAGUUCCGUUAGGUCACCGGAACAGCGGCAGCAGUAGCACCGGUAGCAUCACGCCCCGUGGUAGUUUCAGCGGCGCGUCGUCGUCUGUAUCGUCGGCUUCGCAUCUUCGAAGGGCCACGUCCGUGCACGUGAAUGGCGCGCCUUCGGUCGGCGGUGGAGGCGGAACUGGGAGCUUGGGACGGAGUAGUGGGAUGAUGGCGCAUCGACAGCAUUACCAACAGCAACAGCAGCAGCCCCUGCAGCAGCAACAACAGCAGGGACAUGGAGGAGGAGGAGUAGGAGGAGGAGGACAGUAUCAGAGUCCGUAUCAUCAGUACCAGCAACCACCACCACAGCAUCAGCAGUACCAGCGCACAUCGAUGUAUGCGUAUCAUUGAAAAUGAUUCUGUAUUGAUAUAGAAAAAAGAAAAAUGCAGAAACGCGUUUUGUAGAGAAAGAAAUCAAAUGAACUACUUCCUUUGUCAAAAGAACCAUAAAAUGAUGAUCAUUCAUUUUGAAUAUGUUGAGUAAUAAAAGUCGAAAAGAAAC